UGAAACUGAUUGAAAUCGUGGUACGUGCAGAGUUUUGUUUUGGGUUCUAUGCCUCUAUGCUUCGAGGAGUCACACCAAAGAUAUUUAUUUUUUAACCGCUGGGCAGUUGACCUCCGAGGCUAUUUUCACACAACUGAAGUCUAAUUAUUUCAUCAAUUAAAUGGACACAUUAGAAGAAAACACAGAUAAUAUGGGCAGCUCAAGUGAGAGUGAAUGUUCUUUUGAUGCUUGUAAACAAUUAAAGUUAGAAAAUCAGGAAUUGAAAGAUAAAUUGCAGAAGUUAGAAGAGCAAAUAGCAGAUAGUCCUUGUAGUGAGAGGACUGAAGUAUCAGUUGCAUUACCCAAAGAGGAAAAUGGCAAAAUAAAGGAAAUUCCUGUUAUAGGAAAUGAAAAGAAGGGAGGUUUGGAGUUUUCCCCUGAGCAAGCAAAGAGACUAAAAGGAGACUAUGAUGAUGUUGUGAAGAAAAAUCAAGAGCUUGAAAACAGAAUCCUCCAAAUGGCUGGUGAAAUGCAGACAGAGAAAGAGCAAUUUGAAGCAACAGUUGGGGCAAUGUCAAAGCAGUUAAUGGACUUCGUUGAAAAAAUGAACAAACUGGAGGUGGAAUCUAUGAAGAACAAAAGGGAUUGUGCAUUAGUAGUACAGCUUUUGAAGUGUAACCAGUCCUUGGACAGGAAGUUUGUUUCUCAAAAAGUAGAUACGUUGCCAUCAGAACUUAAAGACAAGCUGACAACAGAGCUUGACCUUAAAAAUGAAAGACAACCUCUCAGCCAUCCUGACUGGAGCAAAAAACUCUGGAGAACAAAGAGCAUAGGAGCCACAAAUGCAGCAAAAACAGAGCCACAGUCAAAGACUAUACGAACACCAAAGUUCAGUGAAUGAGGGAUAUCAACAGAAACACUUUUAGCAUACUUUACUAAGUGUAUUAGAUUUGAGUCAUCCUGAUUGUUGUAGUGAGCACUUAAUUGACACAAUUAAGAAUGUCCACCUGGGUUUGUCAAUUGAAAACUAAUUGGAUUGUUAAAGUUUCAUAAUUGUCAUGACAGUUUUAUAAGAAUUAUAUUGCCUGGAUAAAAUUUAGUAACCAACUGAUCUGGACAAUAAAUUGUAUUAUUACUUUUUUUAAGAAUGUAGUGAUGAGGCAAAACCAGUUACCUCACACUGUUUGUAAGUGUCCUGAAUUUCAAAAAUAUGUCCCCCAGCCAUCCACUUAAUAACUCCAGAGAGUUUACCAUGCAGUUUACUGUGGGUACUAAAUUUUGGCAGAGAAAAGUUUAAAAUUAGGAUGUUAUAGGUAGUAGUUCUGUACUUAUUUCUUCCUGCAAUUUCCAACCUGGAGGAAGAUGGUUUUAAAAAAUAGUUUCAUUGUAUUUUUUUUUUGGUGAAAACAGAGGAUACUUCUUAAAGAAAAACUAUUUUAAAAAUCAAAUUUUAUAGUUGAAUUAAAGAUUGAUCAGUAUUUUAUGUGCAACUGCUGUUGUUUUAUAUCAAGGAAGAUGGUUUUAAAAAAUAAUUUCAUUGUAUUUUUUU